UUGAGAAAUUAACAACUGAUCCUGGAAACACUGCUGUUACAGGGCAGCAGUGGCCAGUCCAUGACAGUGUCCAGGACAACAGCAGCAGCAGCAGGCAGUCCAGGACGACGGCGGCGGCGGCAGCAGCAGCAGGGAGUCCAGGACGACGGCGGCGGCAGCAGCAGCAGCAGGGAGUCCAGGACGACGGCGGCGGCAGCAGCGAGUCCAGGACGACGACGGCGGCGGCAGCAGCGAGUCCAGGAGGACGACGGCGGCAGCAGGGAGUCCAGGAGGACGGCGGCGGCAGCAGCAGGGAGUCCAGGAGGACGGCGGCAGCAGCAGCAGGGAGUCCAGGAGGACGAUGACGGCAGCAGCAGGGAGUCCAGGAGGACGACGACGGCAGCAGCAGCAGGGAGUCCAGGAGGACGACGGCGGCGGCAGCAGGGAGUCCAGGAGGACGGCGGCAGCAGCAGGGAGUCCAGGAGGACCGGCGGCGGCAGCAGCAGAAGUCAGGAGGGCGGCGGCAGGCACAGGGAGUCCAGAAGGGCGGCAGCAGCAGGGAGUCAGGAGGGCGGGCAGCAGCGAGUCCAGGAGGGCAGCGGCAGGAGUCAGGAGGGCGGCGGCAGCAGCAGGGAGUCCAGGAGGGCCGGCGGCAGCAGGAGUCCAGGAGGGCGGCAGCAGCAGGGAGUCCAGGAGGACGGCAGCAGCAGGGAGUCCAGGAGGGGCGGCGACGGCCCGGCGGCAGCAGGGAGUCAGGAGGACGGCGGCGGCAGCAGGGAGUCAGGAGGACAGCGGCGGCGGCAUGAGGAGUCCGGGAGGACGGCAGCAGCGGGAGUCCAGGAGGGCGGCGGCAGCAGGGAGUCCAGGAGGACGACGGCGGCAGCAGCCGAGUCCAGGAGGGGCGAUGGCAGCAGGGGAGUCAGGAGGAGGCGGCAGCAGGGGAGUCCAGGAGGGCGGCGGCGGCAGCAGCAGCGAGUCCAGGAGGACAAUGGCAGCAGGGAGUCCAGGAGGCGGCGGCAGCAGGGAGUCCAGGAGGACGGCGGCAGUGGCGCAGCAGUCCAGAGACGGCAGCUGCGGCAGUCCAUGACGGCAGCGGCGGCAGCUGGUCAGUCAGGGCGGCGGGCAGCAGUCAGUCAGGGCGGCAGCAGGCAGUCAAGGGCGGCAGUAGUCAGAGACAGCGGCGACGAGCAGUCCAGGGCGGCAGGCAGUCCAGGACGGCGGCAGCAGCAGUCAGUCAGGAGGGACGACAGCGGCGGUGGCAUAGCAAUAAAGGCGGCGGCAGCAAUCAGUCAGGAGCGGCAGCAAACAGUCAGGGCAGCGGCAGCAGUCAGUCCAGGCGGCGGCAGCAAACAGUCAAGCGGCGGCAGCGCUGGUCCAGGCAGACAGCAGCAACAGAGCAGUCAGGACGCGGCGUAG